AUGGGAAAUUGUGCAUCUUUAUCCUCAAAUAAACAAGUCAAAGAAACUGGUAUUAGUUCUCAAUCUUAUCAUACUAGUGCCAACAACCUUAACAUUGCAAACAACAAUAAUAAAAAUAAUGAUAAAUUAUCAUCGAAUACAAAGUUCGUUAAAAAUAAAACAAAAAUAUCAAAAACAAAAAGGAAAGUCCAUAAAGGAAUUAUCAGUCUUCCUUCUAAUUUUCAACAUACUGGACAUAUUGGGAUCACUGAAUUACGUAGUGGAAAAGUAGACCCUGAAAAAAUUAAAAAACAAAUGGCAGAAGUUGCAGCGACUUUAAAUAUAGAUUUUGCUAACACAGUAUCAAUUGAUGAUGAUAAUGAUAUAUCAACAACAACUACAACAUUAUCUUCAAAUCAGAACUCUGAAAUAACAGAUCAAUCUGCCAAAGAAUUUAAAAUCAAGAGAAAAUCAACGUUAUCAACAACAACAUCAAUACCUGUACUUUCAUCACAAUCAUCACAAUCAACCAAUGAGUUAAUUGUUGAUCCGAUGAAAAAAGUUUUUGCUGCAUUGAGAAUGCCAUCAGAUGGAAAUUUUGAUAGUAUUUGA